CCUAAAAUUGGAAUUUAUGAUUUACGUCUAUCGUCAUCAGCUGACAGUUGUGGACCACCGUUGUAUGGGCACAUUUGUUGUCGUAUUGUUGCACAGCCAAAUUCGGUUGUGAUGCCUCUCUCAGAGGGUGUACUCACCGUGAGUUCACUCGAUGAAGAUCGAUGCUAUGAGGGUGUUCGAUGUCGUCUUCAGAAUUCAAAAAUUUUGUCGAGUCGUUAUGCGAAAAGUUUAAUCGUAACGUCAGACCGACAUGUACCCAAUGGAAGGCAUCAGAAACACUAUUUGCUAAUAGCCGAUAGUGAGGAGGAUAUCGCCGCUUGGAGACAUGCGUUCAGUUUGCAGAUUUCCGAUUGUGAAAGAUGGGGUGAAUUCGCAAUUUGUCCAGUGAAGCUGACAAGUGAGCCACGAGCAACGGAACCAGCUACACUAAGCAGGGCAAAUGGCAGACGACUUUAUGAUGAGAUACAAAUAAACGAUGGUCAGUGGAACGGUUUCACUGCUUUCCUUACCUAUAUGAUGCAAAGAAUGUUGAACUCAUUAACUCACAUCUAA